AUGUCUCCUACUACACAGAAAGCCCUUGUCGUGACUGAGAUCGGAAAGCCAGUCAAGCUCAUCCACGAUCAGGCCGUCCCAGAACCUGGCCCCAAGCAGAUCCAGGUCAAGGUCAAGAUCGCGGGCAUCAACCCACACGACUACAAAGCCCGGGACUACGGUCUCUUCAUCGCCGAAAACCUCCCCGCAAUCCUCACCAAUGACGUCGUUGGCACGGUGACGAAGAUCGGCGACGGCGUGAGCGGCGUCGCAGUCGGCGACAGGAUCGUUAGCCAGCCGGGCUUCGCGCCAAGCUCCACGCAGAACGGGCUGCAGGAAUACGCCGUCGCGGACGUCGGUGCCUUCACCAAGAUCCCCGCGGGGACAUCUGACGACGAGGCCGCCACACUGCCCACGAACAUCAUCGCGCCCCUGGUCGCCCUCUUCAAGGUGCUCCAGAUCCCGGCGCCGUGGACAGCCGAGGCCAAGGGGUUCGACGCGGGCACCACGCUCCUGGUGGUCGGCGGCGGCUCCAACUGCGGGCGGUUCGGCGUCCAGCUCGCGAAGCUCGCGGGGAUCGGCAGGAUCGUGGUCGUGGGCGGCAGCGAGGCCGAGCUCAAGGGCCUCGGGGCGACGCACGUCCUCGACCGCCACGGCGGGCACGACGCGGUGCUGGCGCGCAUCCGCGGCGUGGUAGGGGACGACCUCGUCUACGCCUACGACGCCGUCAGCCCCGUGGAGGACCAGGUGGUGGCCCUCAACGCCCUCUCCAGCACCAAGAAGGGCGCGCUCGCCAGGCUCCUGCCCCUCGGCCCCGUGGACGAGAGCAAGGUCGUGGGCAAGAAGGCCGGCUUCGAGGUGCGGGACACGUACGGCAGCUCGCAGGCGCACCCGGAGCUGGCCGUGGGGUUCUGGGAGCGCCUCCCCGGAUUCCUUGAGGCGGGCAAGAUCAAGCCGACUGCCUAUGUCGCCAAGCAGGGCCUGACGGCGGAGAACGUGAACGCGGUGUUGGACGCUUAUCGGGAUGGAAAGUCUGUUACGAAGACGCACAUCCACAUCUAG